GGGGGUCAAAGCCGGGGGGGCCGGCGCGGCGCGGCGCGGCGCGGCGCGGCGCGGGGGUUGGGCCGUGUCGUGUCGUGCCGCGCCGCGCUCCACUCAGGAGCGGAGUAGGGCGAGGCGAGAAACGAGCCUAGGGCUGGGGGAGGGGAGGCGAGGCGAGGCGAGGCGAGGCUUCCCCAGGCAGCUCGGCCCCGGGCGGCCCGCACUGCCCAUCCCUGCUCCCACUCCCCCGGGAGGUCUUCACCCGAUGGGGACGUGGGGUAGGCCCCCCGCCCUGAGCAGGCCCGACUCCCGCGCUGGAGGCCGGGCCGGGCCGGGCCAGAGGCGGCCAACCCUGUCCCCGUUGUCCAUCCCGCUGAAGAAGGAGCUGGGGCUUCCCGCUGCUGCCCGGCGCUUUACUGCCCGUUUUCGCAGAGCCAUCCCACGUGGGGCUGACGGGUUUGUUGUCAUGGCCUCUCAAAGCCGGGUCUAGAAAUGCUGUUGUGCACCUUGACUUUAAAGAAACUGGUUGUCUUAAAGGAAUUGGAUAAGGAGCUCAUUUCUGUGGUCAUUGCAGUCAAAAUGCAGGGCUCGAAGCGAAUACUACGGUCUCAUGAAAUUGUGCUGCCACCAAGCGGACAUGUGGAAACUGAACUUGCACUAACUUUUUCACUACAGUAUCCUCACUUCUUGAAAAGAGAAGGCAACAAGCUUCAGAUCAUGCUGCAAAGGAGGAAGCGAUACAAAAACCGAACGAUUCUGGGCUACAAGACUUUGGCAGUGGGCUCCAUCAACAUGGCCGAGGUGAUGCAGCACCCGACUGAAGGAGGCCAGGUUCUGAGCCUUUUCAGUAACAUCAAGGAAGCCACAGCCAAAGUAGCAGAGAUCUGGAUCUUCUCACUGUCUAGUCAGCCAAUAGACCAUGAAGACAGCACUAUGCAGCCUAGCCAGAAGAUCAAGUCCACAGAUAACUAUUCUGAAGAAGAGUAUGAGAGCUUUUCUUCUGAGCAGGAAGCCAGUGAUGAUGCUGUUCAGGGACAGGAUUUGGACGAUGAUGAAUAUGAGCUGGGCAAGCCAAAGAAGCAGCGGAGAUCGAUAGUAAGAACGACGUCCAUAACCAGGCAACAAAACUUCAAGCAGAAAGUGGUGGCGUUGCUGAGAAGGUUUAAAGUCUCUGAAGAGGUUCUGGAUUCAGAGCAGGACCCAGCAGAGCAUGUGCCAGAAGUGGAGGAAGACUUGGACCUUCUGUACGAUACACUGGAUAUAGACAACCCCAGUGACAGUGGCCCUGAAAUGGAAGAUGACGACAGUGUCCUCAGCACUCCUAAACCAAAGUUAAAACCAUAUUUUGAAGGCCUGUCACACUCCAGCUCUCAGACAGAAAUUGGUAGCAUCCACAGCAUCAGAAGCCAAAGAGAGCCAUCAAGUCCUGUAGAAGUGCCUGAAAAGACAAAGAGCCUUGGAAGCAAACAUCCAGGCGACAGUAUCUCUGACACUGUGUCUUGCGAACCUAGCCAGCAAGACUCCCAGGAAGCAGAACUCUCCACGCUGGAUGUAUUCAUUGAGAAGCUCCCACCAAGUGGAAAAAUCACCAAGACAGAGUCUCUCAUUAUUCCUUCCACCAGGCCAGAAGGGAAGCAAACUGGUCGUCGUGGAAGAAGCACUUCAUUGAAGGAAAGGCAGCCAGCGAGGCCACAGAAUGAGAGGGCAAACAGCCUGGACAAUGAGCGCUCUCCAGACACCAGGCACCACCUGCAGAUUCCAAGGAAAACUGUGUAUGAUCAGUUGAAUCACAUCCUGAUUUCUGAUGACCAGCUACCAGAAAAUAUUAUUCUUGUCAAUACUUCAGACUGGCAAGGCCAGUUUCUUUCAGAUGUCUUGCAAAAACAUACCCUGCCUGUGGUCUGUACGUGCUCUUCUGCUGAUGUGCAGGCGGCUUUCAGCACGAUUGUCUCCAGGAUACAGAGAUACUGUAACUGCAAUUCUCAGCCUCCAAACCCUGUUAAAAUUGCAGUGGCCGGAGCCCAGAAUUACCUCAGUGCUGUGUUGAGGCUCUAUGUAGAACAGCUGUCUCACAAAACCCCGGACUGGCUCAGCUACAUGAGAUUUUUGAUCAUCCCACUAGGUUCUCAUCCAGUGGCGAAGUAUCUAGGAUCUGUAGAUUACAGAUACAACAACUUCUUCCAAGACUUAGCCUGGAGAGAUUUGUUUAAUAAACUUGAAGCACAGACCACUGUUCAGGAAACACCAGAUAUUGUCUCCAGAAUAACCCAGUAUAUAGCCGGGGCAAACUGUGCACACCAGUUGCCUAUUGCAGAAGCAAUGUUGACGUACAAACAGAAAAGCCCUGAUGAAGAAUCAUCCCAGAAGUUCAUUCCCUUUGUUGGGGUGGUAAAAGUUGGAAUAGUGGAACAGUCCUCAGCAACGUCAGGUGAUUCCGAUGACGCAGCUCCCUCUAGUUCCAGUGUCCUUUCCUCUACCCCGCCUUCUGUGUCUCCUGCUGUGAAGGAAGCUUCCCCCACCCCACCUUCCUCGCCAUCUGUCACGGGCAGCUUCUCUUCCUCCAGCCAGAGCCUUGGUGCUGAGCUGAUGGGACUGCAGGUGGAUUACUGGAUUGCAGCUCAGCCCAUGGAGAAGAAAAGAGACCCAGAGAAGAAGGACUCUUCCACUGCCAAAAACACACUCAAAUGCACUUUCCGGUCUCUCCAGGUUAGCAGGUUACCCAUGAGUGGGGAGACCACCAGCACUCCAACAAUGUCAAUGACAGUCGUGACAAAGGAAAAGAACAAAAAGGUGAUGUUUUUGCCCAAGAAAACAAAAGACAAGGAGAUUGAGUCUAAGAGUCAAUGCAUUGAAGGAAUUAGUAGAUUGAUUUGCACAGCAAAACAUCAGCAGAAUAUGCUGCGGGUCCUGAUUGAUGGCGUAGAGUGGAAUGAUGUGAAGUUCUUUCAGCUGGCAGCACAGUGGUCCUCCCAUGUCAAGCACUUUCCCAUCUGUGUAUUCGGACACUCCAAACCUAACUUCUAACUGCUCUCAGCGGGGCGGUUUCUGCCUGUGUGGAGGCUGCACACCCAGGAGCCAGGAAUCUGAAUGCCAACGCUGACUCAGAUCUGCUUGCUCUCUCCUGCAGAUUACUUACAGAUGCAUCUGGAUUACUUCUGAAUUACUUUUUUAUAUUAAUUCUUAAGUUUACUACAAGAAAAGGAAACCCUUUGAACAAAGCAAAAAACAGUCUUAAGUAGAGAUGUACCGAUAACAUGGAAAUUACCAGGAGAACCUCCAAAAGUGGGGUGAUCUGCUGGAGAACUUAAGAGCAGAUAGCUGGAUAACUGCACUGCUUAUUAACCUGAAACCUCCUUGGUGUGUUUGUGGCUGGGUGUUCUGGAUUGGGCUUGAGUGGUUUUUGAGGGGAGAGUGGGAGGUACUGGGAGGAUUAAGUGUUUUAAAAUGUUUAACUCUACCCCCCAGACUUCACAUGAAGAAAGUAGAGCCUGGUCCACCACCAAAUAGUUCAGGUACCAAGAAUGUGAAAUACAUUGCGCUGUCUGCCAAAAAAACAAGCUAAUAACUGAGGGAAACCCUGGGAUUCUCCACAGGUGAAGAAAUGCCAGAGGGUCAUUGUUUUAAGGCCAGCAACUGAAAUGGGCAGGCAUGUCAUUCUCAUGCCUGAUUCAGGUUGGGCAGAGACUGAAAUACAAAGUAUGAAAUGUCUGUUUGAGGAAUCCCAUUGCUCCAAGUCCAUCCCAAUAAUCCAACCAAGCCAGUCACAAUGCCCCCUGCAGCCCGUAGCUGGAUUUGAAGGAUACCAGUUCAGUGGGGUUGUUGCUAUAUAGAUUUUCACACAGAUUAUGUACAUCAAUAAAACCUUACCCGGCCUCUCAUGAAAAUGGAUUUUUACAGGUGCAAAUUUUUUUAAUGCUUUUAAAAAAAGAUUGAUUAAGUUGCUAAAAAAGACAACAGGAGAGAUCAGCUGCUGUCUAAUGAGUCAAGCAUUAGUCUACUGGCUAGGUCCUGUGCCCCUUGAGCCCUUACACAUGAGCAGCUGCAUUUUACACCAGCUACAUUCACACCCACACAGCAAAAGCACAUGUGCAUGUGAAAGCACAUAAAAUACCAGCUCGCAGCAAACGUGCCACAUGCAUACCUCAUUGUGAAUGUGCCCUCUCUUCUAGGCAGUGUGUACAAGAUUACACACACACACACACACACACACUCUCUCUCUCUCCCUCCCCAGAUGGGAAUCCCUUGUUUAGGCGCCCCUUCCAGCCAUGUGAGCUGCUGCUGCCGUUUCCAGGGCAGGAGGCCAUGUAGCAAAGCCAGCUCUGACAGCAGAGACGGAGAACUUCAGCUUGUCUGGACUGCGUUGGAAUGCCUCAUGCACGGAUUGUGUCACCUGAGAGUUCUCUCAGCUAUUCUAGUUCUUUGACUCCAGCAGUGCACCUGUGUUGCACAAUGCACCGUUAGCCAGCUGGGCCAUGUGCCGGCUUAGGAUCCAUCCUUCAAGGGGCCGAGGGGCCUGUCACAGAAAAUGAUGGUGGAGGAGUCAAUCCGUGCCCCUGUACUUCCUGUGGGCUUCUCUCCAUGGGAAGGGAGCUACUCCAGCAGGAUACAAGCUUGCAGCUAGCAGAACCCACCAUUCAGGGAUUAAGGAUUUACUGUGCAAAACCAGCCAGUGUGUGUGAAAUGCACUGGCCACUACAGUCUGAGCACUACUGCAGCUCACGAGUGGGAAGCUGUAACCUAUGUAUGUUUUCCUUUCCCCCUCCCUUAAAAUAUCACAGUGCUAGCCCAUUCCCAGGGUAUACUAAAGCAGCCCGAAGGCUGCUCUGAUUUACAAUGUCAGUAGCCUGACAGGGCUGUGUCAGCCUCAGGGGAUCUCUGGAGCCAAAGGAGGCUCAGCUACAGUUUUCCCCCUGGCUCCCACUCACAUUUGUAGCUGGGUGUGUGGGUGGUGUAGGAGCUACUGCAGCAACUCUCCUCGCUGAGAAUCCUACCCUAGCUUUAGGACAGAGCUUUGCUCUGCUGAAGGGGCAUCAGGGUGCUCUAACUGGAGGAACAAGGCUCUGAUGCUCACCACUGGCUUAACCUGGUUUAACUCCCUGGAGUUGAGUGAAGCCCUCCUCUACCAGGCAUGCUGCACACUACGCUGCUGACAGCCACACAUGGACUGAAAUUCCCAGGGGUGGAGCCUUUGCCCAGAAAUCCUCCCCCAUCAACCCUGCAAGGAAUCACACUACAGAAGAGCCUAACAGCUUUAGUUACCUUUAUCCCUGCUCCACUCCUCCAGGGGAUCCCAGGGCUGGAUCUGUGGGGCUCCCCUGACAAUACAGCUCCAGGGAGCCUCCAUGCAGAUGCUGCCAAACCCAGGGGAUCAGGAGCUAGAGCUUGUUUUCUUUGCAGAGGAGCCAACACCCCACCCUUGGAAUGAGCAGGGUGCCGCUGCAUAAGGGGAGCCUCCUGAGGGUUCCAGUCUCAUGGGCAGGCGUUUGCAUUGCUCAGGCCUGUGUUCAGAGAUCCCCAGAGUGGCUCCUUCCCUCACCCUCUUAAUGCGAUACGUUAAGCAUUUUUCAGAGUCCAGAUGUUCUGGGACAAUGACUGACAGAACAAAGAUUUGCAAAUGGCUGGGGAGCCUGUUCCACCUUGCAUGUGGGUCACACCCCGGGAAGGCGCAUCCUGCAGGAGGGGUUUCAUUGACUUGGGCAGGACUUCAGUGGAUUGCUGGGGGGUGUGUUCAGCUAACGGCCCUGCUGAAGUAGUGAGGGUGACCGUGGCCCUAAAUGAGAACAGUUCCGCCUCCUUCCCCCUCACAGUGAAGAGGAGUAUCUGCAGAGCAAACAGUACAUGCACCUUCCCUUCACUGCUCAGGCAACUGGUUUAGACAUGUUUAAUAAGAGAGAAACUUUCUAGUGCAAUUUCAGCCAUGUCUGGGAAUUCACUCUCAUCAGACUGGCAGGGUUCUCGCAGCUCAGCAAUGCACUCCUCUGAGGAGCUGGGCACAUCGGCGCACAGAUCCACACACGAACGCUGAUGCAGCUGGUGGGGGGUUACUGUAAUCUAUUCACUCGCUUCUGGCAGCCCUGAGGAGAGGGUACGUUUUCCCUUUAACGCUUUGUAACAGGGACAGAAAGAAUCUCUAGCUUCAGUAUAGCGGCAGCUGACGCGUAGGAUCUUGCAAGGAGGCUUGUGCCUUGCUCUGGGUUAGCACAGCGUUGCCUGACAGCCACAACUUAGGAAUGAGCACAGGAGCACAUCAGUGCUCUUUAUUGAAGCUGUUGUCUCAGAACAAGCCUUUUAAUGAAGUCAGCAGUUCAGAUUCUUCCUUAAAUCCCUCUUCCCUGUGCAAGUAGAGUGACUGAAAUCCAGUCUGAUUUCAGUCCCAUGGCUUAUUCUACACCAGCACUGGCAGAGACCCUUGCCUGACUUUCAUGGCCCCUGCAGCUCUGUGGCGGGCUUGGAUUAGCUAUUUGCAAUAACUUUGUUUACCAGGGGCAAUGAAGGAUUUGACACUUUGCUCCUCUUUGUAUUUCAACCUAUUAUAGAGAGACAAACUGUAGCCAGUAUGGGACUUCAUGGCUCCGCCUAUGUAUGUUGCCCCCUUUCUUACCGUGUGUAACAUUUCAUGUGGAUUGGUUCUUUAUUUUAACUACAUUUUAUGAAAUCUAAUUCACCUGAAAACUUUCUGCCUGCUUGGUACCCAUGCGCUUGCAGACAGCAGUUUGUUACCUCUGGCAAGCUGCUAUUUGGCAGCACAGCCAUCUGCAAUGGGGGCUCUGCUGUAGCAAGGCUUCCAAGGAAACCCUCCUUGAACCCUCAGGCUGGAGUUUGCACGGUGGCAGAACUGCAUUGAUCUUGGGAAAGCUUCAUUCUUUGUGAAAAGAAAAGGAGUACUUGUGGCACCUUAGAGACUAACAAAUUUAUUAGAGCAUAAGCUUUCGUGAGCUACAGCUCACUUCAUCGGAUGCAUUUCAUCAUGGUACUGCCCUGCCUCGUAGCCAAGGGUUGGAGUUAGAUUCCCUGGGCUUUUCCUGGGCAUGUUUGUUAAAGUUUAAUACAGUGGUUACUUUCUCUGAGUUUCUUCACACAACUAACUUCAUCCCUGACCACUAGGAAAACAUUCUGGAAGUCUGAGAGCCAAAGCUCUGCCGUAAAAGAGUAUUACAGCAAUUGGGCUGUGCAGACAAUGUGCUGCUCCAUAGGAAAUGAUUUUGAAAAAGCAGUGGCAGGAGCCUCCUCUCAGGGUGAGCUGAGCUGAGCUCCGGUCUCCCACAUGGUGCUCUCCAACCAACCACCAAUUCCAGGGUUCACAGGAAGUUACUCUGAAGAAUUGGUCUGUGUGUCAGCUUGCUGUGACUCUACCAUUGUACGCCCUGUGGCAGAGCUGACCCGGGGGGGAGUGCCAGUUCUUGUGCCUGAAAGGGGCCAUCAGGAUAUUGGGGGGCUGCUUAAUUACCUUCGCCAUGAUGAGUGCAGAAGACUGACCCUAAUGGAGCAAGAAACUCUGCACAGCCACAGUUUUAAAACUCUUUAUGGAAUAAUGAAAAGGGACCUCCACCAGAGUGUGACUCAAAGAAGGAAACUCAUUUGCUUUAUCUCAUUGGCCUGAAUCAGCCUGCUUUAACUGGAAAUCGAGAAGCCGCUUUUAUUUCGGCCCCUGGAUUUCUAGCAGUCAACAGGCAGAGGGGUGGGGAGGGAACUGACUGCCUCGUUUUCGGCUGGUUGCAUGCCACCUUGUCACCUUUAAACUCCCCCCCCCCACCUGCGUUGGGAUUGCUGAUGUCUCCUGGCCUCCUUCAGGAAUGUACUGUAAUAGCAGAUCCGUUUGAUACACACUGACCCGGGCCUUGAUACUGACUGACUGCUCCAUGGAGCCCUAAGCUGCAAGUCCAGCACUUUCCUAUUGGCAAAGCUGCCAUUCCCCUGUACUGGUGUUCUCUUGGGAAACUGGCCCCAGCCCUUCCUUGGAGGUGGGAUCUGAGGAGGCAUCCCUAGGAGACUGGCCAAGGACUGGAGCUCUAGUUCUUCACUUCCAUGGCUAAAUGAAAUGCAGACGUCUACCAUGGCAAGCCAGGGAAUAUCCUUACUAGUAUUGAAUGCUUGCUGGAAUUGCAUUUGUUUUUCUUUGUCCUAAAGAAAACAGCAGCUGGAGCAGCAGUAUUCACUUAACCUCUGGCUUUCCAUUAAUUUCACCUGCAGUUAUCAAUUGCAUAUAAUCCAGUCACGUUUUUCUGCCCAACCCAACAACAGCCCCAUUGAGCAGUUUAUAUCUCAAAUGUAAGUAUAAAAUUCCUCUGUUACCUUAGUUUGAGGAUACUUAUCAACCUCCCCUUGGCUUCAUUUUGCUGCUUUUAUUUGCAAGCCUUGUUAUCAUGUCCUAGAGAGGAGAUCUGAGGGCGGAGUAGUAGAAUAGGAAAUUGUUGUGGUUUUGUAUAGAAUCGCCAUACCCACCUGUAGGCCAGUUGACCCAGCUAAAAACCAAACUGACCAGCAUUGUUCCAUUAAUGUCUCUAAAACACUCUUGUUGACAUGUAUAUCCUUUUAGUCUUUGGCUAGCUAUUGCUACCAUCUGGGAUUAGUCUGGCCAGGUAUUUAGUACCAAGAAAACAUUCUAAGAAUCGUUCAUUUUGAGGGUUCAAGAAAUAGUACCAGAUGCCUUGAAACCUUGUAAGCAAAACAUCUUAGUGACAAUAGAGAGCCUGUAUUCUUUCCCUGUAGAUUGAAAUACUGAAAAGACAGGGGCUUCUUACUUCAGAUGGAAGCUUUGUUUCAGCUCAGAUCCCCAGGAUGUAAAGUCUGAAAGCUCUUGGCAGUAGGAAUAUCUUGGUGUGUUCUCUUUCUUCAUAUUGUUUGCUUAGAGAGGCUGAGAUGAUUAAAAACCCUCCAUUCAGAGCACUUCUGUAUCCUGGCCAUUAGAACUAUGGGGACUUGCUAAAACUCUAGUAUGACCUUCCCGCUGGGAUGCCCUGUGUGAGAGGUGACCAUCUGAGCACAGCAUCUCCCACAGACCUUCAUGAUGCUACUUUGGCAAGUUCCUUGCAAAGUCACGGGAGUGAUAAGCGAGAGCACUGGAGUGAUGAGCUCUCCUGGGUUUCUGUGGAGGCUUUAGGACUUGAUGCUAGAGAGGAGGAGGAGCCAUAGUUUUGAGAGUAGCAGGACAUUAAUUCCUUUAAAAGGAAGCACAUCAAAAUCCCAGUCAGGUCGGCUUCCCUUUCCAUAUAGCCGGAUAGAAGGAAUCCCAGAACUUAGUGUGUCUGACUAGCAUGCAGCGCAUCUUUACUCAGAGCACUCUUUAGGAAGCACCUUGCUAAGUGUGGGUACACUAGUGUGUGAGAUAGUCUGAGCAAUGCUUGCUGCACAUGUGACAAUGUCAAAUGAAGGGAUGUUACCACUGUAGAUUUCUAAGUUGUCCAUCUGUUUCAUUGUUGUUUUGUUUGGGUUUUAGGUUUUAUAUGAAGACAAAUUAAAUGUAAAUAGCCUUUUUUGGAACGAACUGCAAUGUGUGCAACGUCAUCGACUAUUUUAUGGUACUAAUGCAACACUAAUAAAACUGGACAUGAAAGCACA